AUGUCGUCCCGCUCCUCGUCGACAUACGGCUCGUCUUCCACCCAGGACAAGGGCGCAUAUGUCCGCCCUUCAUCGUCACGGUCUUCGGCUUCCACUGCAUCAUACUCAUCCUCUGGCUCGGCUGCCUACUCAUCCUCGUCGUCACGGGGCUACCGCUCCAAGAACUACAAGCCGCCCGUCAUCCACAACGGCGGCGGCCAGACCAACGACCCCAAUACGUCGACUUCGGCGCCCAACGCGGGGUACUACAAUUAG